UUGGAAACUAAAGAAGAAGUCGUAGAGAAGAAAGAUACUAAACCAGAAUUGGAAAUUAAAGAAGAAGUCUUGGAGAAGAAAGAAAUGAAAGCAGAAUUGGAAACUAAAGAAGUAAAACCAGAAUUGGAUUUGAAAGAAGAAGAAGAAGCAGUCUUGGAGAAGAAAGAAAUUAAACAAGAAUUGGAAACUAAAGAAAUUAAAGAUUCAAUUCUCAAAGAAGAAGAAAAAGAAUCAAAACCGGAAAUACCAGCUAAAGAGAAGAUUUUAGAUAAGAAAGAAAUAUCGCCAGACGUUUCACAAAAGGAAGAAGUAAAACCAGAAACAAGCAUACAAGAAGAAAAAAUGAAGGAUAAGAUGAUAGAUGAGAAAGAACUAAAACCAGAAAGUGAAAUCAAGGAUCUUAAAGAUGCAGUUCCAGAAACGAAAGAAAUAAAACCAGAAAUAGAUUCUACAAAACAGACAGAAUCAUUACCCGCAAAAGAAACUAAAGAAAUUGAAUCUUUAGAUAAGAAAGAAGUGAAACCAGAAGAAAAGGAAGAUUUUGCUGAAAAACUUGAGUCCGAGAUUAAGGACGUUAAACCUGUUGUUAAAAAAUUCCAACCGGUUAUUACUGAAGAGGAACUUGCAAGAUUCGAAAGAGAAAAUAAAAGCACUGAAGAAAUAUCCAGAAUUAUUGAAUCCAGGGUAAGACAGUUUGAACUUCAACAGGAUUUAGAUGAAUCAGAGGCAUGCCUAAAGGCCAAGAAAGCUGAAAUUGAGUCCGAACCAAUGAAGGAAGAGAUGGAAGAUAGUAAACCUGAAACCACUGAACAACAAAUUGAAACUAUUGUUGAAGAUAAAUCUAAAGAGAAGAGAGAUGAAGCUCCAGAAAUAAACGGAAUUACAGAUGAUUAUUUGGAUGAUUACGUCAUUGAUGAUGUACCUUUCGUGACGGACAAGAAGCACGUAGAGCAGAAAGAUGAAGCUGCAGGAUAUGAUGCAUCAUUGAAACUAUCUUCGUUCUUUGGUACUACGUUGGAAAUCGAGAAGCAACCUGAUAUAUUACCACAUGUGCAGAGCACGAUAAAACCAAUCACCACAGAACAAGCUCAACAGAUUCAAAGCCGCAUUGACAGUAUGGUAGCAGAAGUAGGAAAGAGUACUGAAGUAAUUGGUGACAAACAAACUCUUCAGGAUGAUAAAAGUGACAAAGCUGUUAAAGAAGCCAAAGAAAGUGAUAAGAAGUCUGAAAAAGAAAGUGCUAAACCUGCUAAAGAAGAAAUGAAGGAAAAGAAGGGAGAAAAGAGAAAGUCGAUCUUUGGAGAAAUCAAAUCUUUCUUUACUGGUAAAGUCGAUGAGACUAAGGAGGCAGUGAAGGAAAUCAAGGAUGAUAUUGUAGAGAAAGUAAAAACCGACGUUGAAGAAAUUAAAGAAACUAUUGAUGAUAAAAAGAAGGAAAUCGCUAAAGAAAUCAAAACUGCAGAGAAAGCAAUUGAACAAGUAAAAGAAAAGGUGCUGGAAUCUAAAGAUGCUGCAAUUCAAGAGGUUGACCAAAUGAAGGAAGCAACUCAUGAAAAAAUGGAUGAUAUUAAGACCGUCAUCUCAGACGAAAUUAAAAAGGAAGCUGAAUCCCUAAAAGAAACUGUUGAAAGGGUGGUAGAAACUAAAGAGAAGAUUGUCGAGGAUGCUAAAAAGGAAAUAGACGAUCUUAAAGUAACUAAAGAAGAUAUCAUCAAGGAUGUAAAAGAAGUUACAGAUGUAAUGGCUGAAGAAGUUAAGAAAGAUGUCAAAGAUGUUAAAGAGGCAGCUAUCGAAAAAGUUGAAGAAAUCCAAGCAACUGUAGAAGACACAAAAGCUGCUAUAGUUGAAGAUGUUUCGAAGAAAAUUGAUACACUAAAGGACAUUAAAGAAUCAGUAUCUAAAGAUGUUGAUGAACUCAAAGAUCAAGUUAAAGAAACCACUGGUGAGGCCAUUCAGGACGUCAAAAAAGAAAUCGAAGUAAUUAAAGAUGAAGUAGUUAAAGAUAUUGACGAAAUCAAACAGAAGGUUGACGAUAAGAAGGCCGAAGCUCAAGAAGAAAUGAAAGUUAUAAAAGAUGAAAUUGUUGGUGGUAUUGAGCAAAUCAAAGAACAGGCCCAAGCAAAAGUUGAAGAUACCAAAGAUGUUAUUAUUGAGGAUGCUAAGAAAACAAUCGAAGCUCUGAAGGACGUUAAAGACGAGGCUAAAGUGAAAACGGAUGAAAUCAAACAAGAAAUUGCUGAAGAUAUUAAGAAAACUGUUGACUCUAUUAAAGAUGAUAUUGUUGAGAAAGUGGAUGAUAUCAAGGAAGUGACUACCGUGAAAGUUGAUAAUAUACAGAAAGAGAUUGAUGCUCUGAAGGAUAUUGAAGAGCAGAUUAUUGAAGCUAAAGAUGUUACAACUGAGAAAGUAAAAACGGACAUUGUUGAAGAUGUUAAGAAGGAAGUUAGUGAUGUUAAAGAUGAGAUUAUUAAAGACGUUGUUGAUUUCAAAGAAGAAGCAAAAUCGGCAGCUGCAGAAGCUAAAGAAACAAUUCUUGACGAUCUCAAGAAAGACAUUGACACUUUGAAAGAAGAUAAAGUCAAAAUUACUAAGGACAUUGAUCAGUUCAAGGAAGAGGUUGCCGUCAAAUUUGAAGUUACCAAAGAGGCAAUUAUCGAAAGUAUCCAAAAAGAAGUCGAUGAUAUUAAGCAUGUAAAGGAAGAGACUUUAACACAAGUUGCUGAAAUUAAAGACGAAUUAAAAGAAAAAGCAGAAGAAACCGAAGCUGCAGCUAUCGAAACCGCCAAGUAUGAAAUGGAUUCUUUGAAGGAUGAUGUGACUGCACUUCAAGAUGAAGUUAAAACUGUAACCGAAGAAAACAAAUCUAAAAUAAUGGAAAUGCAGAAAGAUCUUUGUGUAUUGAAGGAUGCUAAAGAAGAAGUAGUCCAGAAGGUAUUUGAAUUAAAAGAAGAUGCUAAGGCUAAAGUGGAAGAGACCAAACUGGUAAUUGAAAGCGUUGAAACGAUUGGCGACGCCAUCCUUGAGAAGAUUGAUGAAAUCAAAGAGGAAGCUCAAAUCAAAGCCGACGACGCCAAGACUCAAAUCACUGACAGCAUUAAGGAACAAUUUGAGAGCGAUGUUAAAGCCGCAGUCGAUGAAAUUAAAGAUGAUGUUGUAAUUAAAUCAGGUGAAGUAAGUGCUGCAAUUAUGGAUGUUGUCAAGAAAGAGGUUGACGCAAUUAAGGAGAUUAUUGAUGAAAUUAAACAUGACGUAAAAGUUAAAAUCGAUGAUGUUAAAGAUGACGUCAAAGUCGAUGAAGUUAAAGAAGACAUGAAGAAAGAUAUUGUCGAAGUAAAGGAGGAAGCUAAAGCUGCAAUUGUUGAAGAGAAAUCAAUAAUUCAAGAGGAAAUUAAAGUGCAUGUUGAUGAAGUGAAGGAAACCAUUGAACAGGUUAAGGAGAUUCUCGUGGAAGAAGCCGAUUCGAAGAAGCAAAUCGAGGGAUACUUAAUCAAUGAAGUUGAUAAUCUUAAAGAUAAAGUGAAAGUCGAAGUUCAAUCUCCGGAUUCGAAGGGAAGUCCAGAAUCGUCAGUGGCCUGCAAACUUCCAGAAAUCAUUGACAAAUCUGAUUUAGGUAGAAAAUCGCCUAAAGAACGUGAACACGAUGUUGCUAAGAUCGUGGCCAGCGUUGCGGAAGUAUUAAAAUCCGAGGCUCCUCUCGAAGAAUUCAAAGGAAAGAUUCCUUUGGAAAUCACUUCAUUCACUACAUUUACUCCAUACACUACCGAAUUGAGGGAAACUCACAUCACCACUCUUGACUCUCCUACGUCCGAUUUACCGGGCGUCAUCACUCCCAUCAAGGAAGAGGAUUCAGAAGAUGAUGAAAAGAAGGAUUCUAACUCAAACAACACAAAAAUUAGUGACCUGAUCAAAAAUUCGAACGAGCUUCUGGAAGCGUCUUCCAAGAUGAUUUCCGAUAUAAAGUCUGCGAGGACUGAAACUGGUGAGCCCGUGCAUCGUAUGUUAGUGACUGCUUCCAGCGAGGACGGAGGAGAAGAAACUGUAAUUUGUCCACCUGGAUCCAUCAGCUUCGCCAAAAGUUCUGAUAGCUCUGGACGUUCUACACCAGACACCGUGCAAAAGAAUGGACACGCUGCUGAUAAGUCAACUAAACAGGAUGAAGCCAGUGGCCCAAUGGAAAAGGCUGACUCUGGAAAAUCAACUCCAGAUAUUAAGGAUACCAAACAAGAUAAGAAAGAUUCAGGGAAGUCAAGUCCUGACAAUAGAGCAUGCGAGGCGUCGUUGUCAGGAAAAUCUACUCCCGAAGUUCUUGAAAUGUCACGGAAAUCCACUCCGACUCUAAGUGAAAAACCCGACAGCAACGGUUACAUAUCAGGAAAAAGCACCCCUGAGAAAAUGGAGGUUUCCGAAAAGAUGUUGUGCGAAGAUAUUCCCGAGAAGAAGGACAAAAAGGAUAUUGACGAAGUAAAAGUCGAAGAGGUUGUUGAAAAGCAUGAAACAGAAGAGUUAUCUAAGAAAACUGCUUUAGACACAAAUUUGACUUCAUCUGAUGAAAUUGAAGUAAAACAAGAAAUUAAGUCAGACAAACCAGAAACUAAGAGUGACGUUAAAGUCGAAGAAUUUUCUGGAAUUGAAGAUCAACAAAAGGACACUGAUAAAACGGUACUGGAGAAAGACAGUAUUGAGCAAUCCGAAAAGGACAAACACAUUACACCAAUAUGUCAUUUGCCAAAAGUAGAAGAUCAGAAACCGUUGGAUACAUGUGAUUUGAACGCACAAAAAGUGGAAGAAAUCAAAGAACCAAUUGCAGUAGAAAGUGUUGUCGUCAAAGAGGAACUUAAAGAGGAAAAAAUGGAUGCCAAGAAAACUGAUGUUUCUGCACAGGCAGUUUGUGAAAUUAAACCAGAAGUUUGUGAAAUCAAACCAGAAGUUUGUGAAAUUAAACCAGAAGUUUGUGAAAUCAAACCAGAAGUUUGUGAAAUUAAAUCAGCAGUUUGUGAAAUCAAACCAGAAAUUUGUGAAAUCAAACCAGAAGUUUGUGAAAUCAAACCAGAAGUUUGUGAAAUCAAACCAGAAGUUUGUGAAAUCAAACCAGAAGUUUGUGAAAUCAAACCAGCAGUUUGUGAAAUUAAACCAGAAGUUUGUGAAAUUAAAUCAGCAGUCUGUGAAAUUAAACCAGUGGAUGUGAAGAUUUCAGAUAAAGAAGAUGUAAGUGCAGUUUGCAGUAUUGAAAGCAAAAAAGAGGUAGAGAAAUCUGAUAUUGUCGAGACCCAAGCUGAUGAAACAAUCAAAACAGAAAUUGCAAAGAGUGCGGAACCAGAAUCUAGUCAAGAUGUGAAAGCUACCGUAGACACAAAAUCAGAUGUUAUGCUGUCUGAAAAGAUCAUGGAAAAAGAGGAAUUUAAAUCCGACGAAUCUAGUCCUGAAACUAAGUCAAGUGUUGCUACUGAAGUGGAAGUAAAGGAGAAAAUCGAUGAAAAGGCAACAGAACUGAAGGAAUACAAGAGUACUGUAGAUAUAUGCGUGUUGCAAUCUGGAAAAUCGACUCCUGAUAUUUUGAAGGAAGAAAUCCUGUCCGGAAAAUCCACUCCCGAUUUAUCGAGGAAAGAUAAAUCUGAGCUCAGUGAUAAAUGCUCAUUGGAUGUUUCUGGGAAAUCGACACCCGUAAAACAGGAGUUGACCUCUGGUAAAUCCACACCAGACGUUCACAGCAAAAUCGACACCGAGACGAUGCUCUCCGGAAAAUCAUCGCCGAGCUAUCAAUCCAAUUUGGAAGUUUCAGGUAAAUCCACACCGGAUAUUAAAUCCGGCAAGCAGACACCGGAUAUUAAAGAGCCUGAAGACGUUGGCCUCAAGAAAGAGGAUACCCUUCCCUCGUCGCAUUUGUGCAAGGAAAUGAUGGAGGAGACCAUCGAAAUUUCGUGCAAGAAAGAGGAAAUCCAUAAAGUUAUGAACGGAGAUGUAAUUCACGACGUUAAGACGGAGGAGAAGGAAGAGGUAAAGGAUUCUGGUAAAUCCACUCCAGACGUGAAGGAUUCUCGUAAAUCUUCAGUGGACUCGAGGAAGGUAUCGAUCACCUCUGAUAACACUAAAACUUCGUCUCUGCUUUCCGGCAAAUCGAGUCCCGAUUUGAAGGGUGACGAUUCGAGGAAGUCUUCCGUCGGUAUUAAGCAGUCCGUCGAGGAUUUCAUUAACGUUGAGAGAUCUCUUCAGCAGCCUUCCAUUAGCGUGGCGGGUCCAUCCACCGAGACCUUGAGUCCAUCGAAAAAGGUAGAAGAUUCCAGCCUCAGCGGUAAAUCCACACCGGACAUUGCCGAUAUCGAGAAGUUGAAAGAGAUGCAGGAGAUACUGAAACACGAAAAGCAUAUCCCGGGCAGUUCUACACCGCCCACCGUUCCUGUCAGUCCCAUAGUCAAGGACAUGUCCUGCGAGUUAAAACUGGAUCAGGCGCAAAAACCUGUGAUACCGCCGAUUACUAGCAUCGACAGCGACGAGGAGGACGAAGAGGACGCAAGCACAACUUCCCAGAUGGGUCACAGCAUGAAGAUGGAUCCAAUGAACACCUCUUUCUACGGCGCCCUUCCCAGCGACGACGAGGAAACUGUCGAAGAGACUGCGUUUACAUCGUCCGCUCUUCCUGCAGCGGAACCGGAUCUAAUGACAUCGAGCUUCAUCGGACACGAAUUGCCCACCGAAAGAGAUCCCAUCGAAUCUUGGGGAAAACCUCUGGGUUUACCGAGCCCGGCUCCUCCCGCGGAUAACAAGGGAACUCCGAAGAAGGACAGGAAAUUGCCGAUGAAUGUUUCGGCCAAGAACAAGUUGAAUGAUGAUAAGAAGAGGGCAGAAUCGCCUUCGAAGAAGCAGAAGAAAAUCAACCCGGUAUACGUCGAUCUGACAUACGUACCUCAUCAUGGAAACUCGUAUUACACCUACGUCGAUUUCUUUAAGAGAGUCCGCGCCAGGUAUUACGUUUUCUCCGGAAUCGAACCGAGCAAGGAGGUUUACAACGCACUUCUGGAAGCCAAACAAACCUGGGAAGAUAAAGAAUUAGAAGUGACUAUCAUUCCAACCUACGACACUGACGUGCUGGGUUAUUGGGUGGCGGAGAACGAAGAGCUUUUGACCAAAUUCAAGAUUGAUCUAUCACCGUCAGCAAGCAGAUGCACCAUCAACUUGCAAGACCACGAGACUUCCUGCUCAGCGUAUCGUUUGGAGUUCUAAACGCUCCAAAGUCAGUCCAGAAUGUAACUGAAGAAAACAAAAACAAAUCAUCGCUAAUCAUUCAUCUGACCAGAACAAGAACUAACACUACAUACUACAUUGCAUCAAGAAAUAACAGCAAAUAAAAAAAACCGUAACUACAUGAAAAUUCGAUUUUCACAACGAAUUUAAAGGAAACACACACAAAUUGGGAAUGUAAUCAAUAUAAGCAAAAAACCGAAACAAAGCAAAAAUAAUAUAAUAUGAAAACAACACACGUCCAUCUUUCGUAAAAAUUUUAUUGCCAAUAUUAAGUAAAUAUGUAAUAAAUAUUCUUGAGAUCGUAAAUCUUCCUAGAGUAAAGUAAACGUUUAUUAUAAUAAUGAUAACCUCUUCUGAACAAUGAAACACAUCCAUUUAACGUAGACGAGAAACAAAGUAAGAUGAAACGCGAAUGAUAAACCAAAUUGAAAACCAAAAAAAUGUAAAACUGAGAAACCAAGAAGCGAACUAAAAAAAA